UGACAGGUUACAAUGUGGAAAGCUGCGCUGACCUCCCCCUAAAUUUCACCUCUAAUGAGAAGCCAUGUUUCGCUCAUUAAAAAGCGUCCGGCAGUUUAACUGCAACCUCCUGACCCUGCAAAAACUCCACGCCAACUCUAAACUCCUGAUCUGUACUUCCAAGAUGGCCGGCUCAGAGUUCAGGCUUGAGCGGGACACUUUUGGCGAGCUCAAGGUCCCUGCUGACAAGUACUACGGCGCCCAGACGGUCAGAUCCACCAUGAACUUCAAGAUCGGGGGACCCAGUGAGAGAAUGCCAAUCCAGGUGAUCAAGGCCUUUGGUAUAUUGAAGAGAGCAGCCGCUGAAGUGAACAAGGACUACGGCCUGGACCCUAAGCUAGCAGAUGCAAUCAUAAAGGCUGCAGAUGAGGUUUCAGCAGGUAAACUGGAUGAUCAUUUCCCUCUGGUGGUGUGGCAGACUGGAUCAGGAACUCAGACGAACAUGAAUGUUAAUGAGGUGAUCAGCAACAGGGCCAUUGAGAUACUAGGGGGGAAACUGGGCUCCAAGGAUCCAGUUCACCCAAAUGACCACGUUAAUAAGAGUCAGAGCUCCAAUGAUACAUUUCCCACUGCCAUGCACAUAGCUGUAGCCACUGAGGUCCACCAUGUCCUACUGCCUGGCCUGCAGACCCUGCAUGACGCCCUGGCUGCCAAGGCUGAAGAGUUCAAAGACAUCAUCAAGAUCGGACGGACCCACACUCAGGACGCUGUCCCGCUGUCGCUCGGGCAGGAGUUUGGUGGCUACGUCCAGCAGGUGAAGUACAGCAUCGAGAGGGUGAAGGCCGCCAUGCCCAGGGUGUAUGAACUGGCAGCAGGGGGGACGGCGGUUGGUACAGGUCUCAACACCCGCAUUGGCUUCGCCGAGAAGGUCGCCGCUACAGUCGCUUCUCUCACCGGCCUCCCAUUCAUCACAGCCCCAAACAAGUUUGAAGCUCUGGCAGCUCAUGACGCUCUGGUGGAGCUGAGUGGAGCUCUGAACACUGUGGCUGUCAGCAUGAUGAAGAUCGCCAACGACAUCCGAUUCUUGGGGUCAGGACCCCGCUCUGGCCUGGGGGAGCUCAUCCUACCGGAGAACGAGCCAGGCAGCAGCAUCAUGCCGGGCAAGGUGAACCCCACCCAGUGUGAGGCCAUGACCAUGGUGGCGGCCCAGGUGAUGGGGAACCAUGUGGCCGUGACCGUGGGAGGGAGUAACGGACACUUUGAGCUCAAUGUGUUCAAACCCAUGAUGGUGAAGAACGUGCUGAACUCCGCACGCCUGCUCGGAGACGCGUCCGUGUCCUUCACCAACAACUGCGUUGUGGGCAUCCAGGCCAACACGGAGAGGAUCAACAAGCUGAUGAACGAGUCGCUCAUGCUGGUCACCGCCCUCAACCCGCACAUCGGCUACGAUAAAGCGGCCACCAUCGCCAAGACCGCUCACAAGAAGGGCUCCACGCUGAAGGCCGUGGCCGUGGAGCUGGGCUACCUGACCGAGGAGCAGUUUGAUCAGUGGGUGAAGCCUGCUGAAAUGCUCGGGCCAAAGUGAACUCUGAGUACACUACAGCACGUUGGAAGUUCAUGAACCUUUCUAAAUUCUUACCUCUCUUGCCAGAUAUAAGUUUGUUUUUUUCAUAACUUGAGUCUUAAAACUCAUUGGAUUGAUUUGAUAACCACUGCAUCCCAUCAUGGUGUCAGUGAAUCCGUUAAUUCAUACAAAUGUGUAUUUAAGUAAAAUAUUUCCUGUUAAUAUGAAUGGCAGUACAGUUUUUCUUCAGGUUUACAGAAUAUGCAGAGUGCCAUAUUUGCAGUGUCUGGUUGAAUAACUAAAAUAAAAAGUACCCUGAU